GUAGUAUCCCGUAAACUGCCAGAACUGCCAGAACUGCCUAAGCCUCCUCAACCUUUUGCCCAUUCUCCAUUCUGCCCGUUCUGCGUUCUGCCCAUGCGAAAUCCCAUGCUAAGGAAUAUCUCUUACCUUAGCAGCUUAGGUACCGUGUAGAUUACAGAUUACACCAAAGAAGUCCUACCCAUUCAGCCAUUCUAAUAGCGGAAAAUAAUUAUUAACUGCCUGAAUUGUCGCCAUCUUUUCUCUCGCCUUUUCUCUCGCCCCUCUCCUUUCCUUCACACCCUAGUCUAUCAUUUUUAUUUUUAUUUUCUCUUCCGCUCAGAUGUCGCCAUUGACUUCUUCCAUAAUAUGACCCCUUCGUUAACAUCAUUGUCGCCGCAGUCGUCGUUGUGGACUUGACUUUGAUAGUUUGAUAGAAACGACGCCUAUAUGUGUCGGCGUUAAGUAUCCUACCAUAUCUACAUAAGGGUGUAGACUUAUAGGAUCGAGGUGCAUAUAUCCUAUCGACAUUUUAUCUUGGCAAUACGAACAUCUCGGUAUUCUCGGACGCGUUUCGCACGAGUCGCAAAAUCAAAAAUGAAGCAACGAGAAGAGGAUGUUGAAUCACAAGCUCAGCUACUUUCCAAGGAGAGUCAGUCACCGUCGAGCGAAGAAUUCGAUUACGACGAACCCGAAAACAGCCACCAAAAUCAGUCAUCACGCCGCAGACUUCGGAUAGAACAGAAUCCUUUAUGGCGCCGUAUCCAGUCUUUCACGUUAUCUGUCUGGGCGCCUUGCCGCAAAUUCAGCCCUAAAUACUACAUCUUUGCCAUUGUCGUCUCCUUACUCAUCACGCUGUUCAUCUUCAACCCCUAUUCCCCGACAAUACCUACCCAGCACCAGACAGACGUCGACGUGUCUCCCGGAACGCCAACGAGCAGUAUCGUAUCUAGUAUCGUAUCCUCCACGAAAGCCGCAGAACCCACCAAGAGUCCAACCUCUGCAUAUAAACCACCAAAGCUUAAGACCAAGGACAAGUAUUGCACUACAUGGCCCGUAGGCGAAGAUGGCCAGUACGAAUCCAAGGGAGCCAGCCGAACCGACAAGAUCAAGAUAGAUAGCAUUGCUCCUAAGGGUGGAUGGAAGAAACCCGCGGGUAUCAAGGUCAUCGGUAUGGUCUUUUACGGCCGAAAGAGAUAUGUGGACCUCUUGGAUUGUUACCUCCAGCAAAAUCUGGCAUCGAAUGGUGGCUACUUUGACGAGGUGUGGUUUAUGGCCCACACUAAGGAUGAAGACGACGUUGCCUGGAUAGAAGAUCUUGUCAAGAAGACCCCUGGUUAUAAGAUUGUUGGCAAGGGAAAAUGUGAAGGCGCAAAGUACAAGUGCAUGUGGACUUAUGCCGUCGAGGACAAAACUAUUUACGUUAAAAUAGACGACGAUAUUGUUUAUAUCCACCCCGACGCCAUCCCCCAACUCGUCCAUACCCGCAUUGCCCUACCUCACCCGUAUGCCAUCUCGUCGAAUUUGGUUAACAGUCCCGUCACGGGAAUGGAACAAUACCACUACGGUGCGAUUCACCCAUUCCUUCCGGAUCCGAGCAGCAAACCUUCGUUUCACGCUGCGGAGACGUGGCGCACUUCGGAAAAGAAGAAGUACCCUCAGGACCAACUGGUGGACGAAUAUAAUAUCAUGGACAUGGAACCGUCGUACCGCGGCCACCCUUGGCUCCUUAUAUCCGACGACCACUAUGACCUACUGAAGACACCUAUGGGCAAAUACGACCAGAACCGCGGUUCCGACCCAAUCGCAUUCGGUUUGGCGUGGAAGUCGUGGGCUAUCGGCGCGCAGCAGCAAUAUUCUCUCCUGUAUAAUCUUGAGCAGAAUAAGAUGCAACGCUAUUUCUUCGGCCGAAAUAUCCGAUAUCCAGAGGGUGCUUUGGGGCCCAAUGCUUCCGCGGUAGUCCUUCCUAACGGGGACGGUCCUGGUGGUGAGCAGACAUAUGAUACCGGAUACAACCGAUACAACUUGAACUUCUGUGCCGUAUGGGGUUCCGAUAUCAGGGAUCAGCUACCCAUUGCCGACGACGAUGAGCAAGAUAUCACUGCAGAUAUUCCUAGGCGCAUUGGACGGCCGUUCGUCAUCGACACCCGCUCCGUGGUAGGCCACUUCAGCUUCUUCACCCAAAAAGACGGCAUCAACAAGAGUGACCUUUUAGAUCGAUGGCGGGCAUUCGCAAACGAGGCGGUCUGUACCGCGAAAAAUCAGAAGAAGCCGUGGGAUCCGAUGUGCCCGGACUUCAAAGCCGAGGGUGGUAUGGGACGAUAACAGAAGCUUGGACGAGGAAUCGGAAAAGAAGUUAUGAGAAAAGCUAGCGGUGGUAAUAUUUCCUCACCUGAUGUUCCAUGACAUUUUGCGUGGCGUUCCUGGGUUCUUGCAUACGAAACGAAACCGGCCUAUUCCGUACCGUACUAUGAGACGUUUGAGGGAGGCUGGUAGUCGUGAAUGGAAAUGGAAUUGAUGAUGCGCUGCAUUUGGGAGUUUUAUAUAUACGGAAGGUCUCAUGAGAGGGUGGCGAGGCGUAGAAAUAUCGUGGAAUCUUUGCAUGCAUGCGUUCCUCUUGUAUAUAGAUGACCGACUCGACUACCUACCUAGGAGAUAGGAUAGGUCAUGGUCAUCUCGGUUACGCCGCGGAUUAAAUAAAUAAACUAGCAUUGCAAGAAA